CCUUUUAUAGUCCUUUCGUCAAUUAGCAUCUGGGCGCUGAGGCCACACAAAGACACUUCGACACAUGAUUCCCUAAAAGGCUUCCCCAAUAUCUGUCCCGUAGAUCUGAUCCUUGAAUCUGACUCCGUCGAAAGAUGUUUCAUCAUCAUGUCAUGCCACCUAGGCGGAUUGAUCGGAUCGAAUGUUAAACAACAAGCUCCGACUUGCAAUGUCCCGCCCCGAAAAUAAACAUUGAAGAUAGCAUCCUCUCGGCACGGAGGACGACAUAAAAUAUCUGACAUAUAUAUUCUAUUGUCAAUCCGACGACGGUUGACUGAAGGUCGUCACUAAACGUCAUCAUCACCCUCUACAAAUCAAGUCGAUCCCAACCUAGCAACCUUAACACAAUCAUCAACCAUGGCUGUAUCCCCUGAAGCUGUUCUCGGAACUACCAUCGCAUUUUCCUUCAUCCUCUUCGGAAAUGCUAUUACCCAGUCAUUCAUGGGUGUUCCCGCCUUGCUGGUCGACUUCCCACCGCCGUCGUCGCCUGAGCAUCCAGCUCGCGCUCGAUUGCUUGGUCGUCAGUGGCCCGUAUUCUGGGUCGUGGGUAAUCAAUUCUUCAGGCCCAUCAGCACCUUGGGCAUCUUCGGCUACGCCUAUACGUCAUGGGUAGCCUCGUCUCAGGGGCCGAAUGGCAGGCUUGGUGAUUGGCGGCCAUACGCCGUCUCGGCGUUGUGCCACCUCAUCACGGUCGUCCAUUCCGCGGCCAACAUGCAGCCCAUCAACCAAAAGAUCGAUGCGCUGCGUGAGAACAAGGGCAAGGUUGACCCUAAGCAGGCCGAGAGCUACGCUCGGAAAUGGAUUAAGUUCAACACCGUGCGCCUCAUCACCCCGGUUGUUGCCGGGUCGCUGGCUCUCUUCCAACUUCUAAGGCCAAACUAAAGUAUUAGAAGAAGAUGAGGGGUGCUCUCCAGUUUCGUGACGUUUAGGAACCUCUUAUGGGACCGGAUGCCUAGUGCUGGUACAUGCUGCGCAACUUACGCGUAACUCGCAGUAGGCCUUUCUCCUAUACUUUCUUCUGACUCAGAUUGUUAGGGGCUCUCCCCCUAUACUACAUGUUAUUGAAGGCAAAAAAAGCUGCUAGAGCUUUGAGGCUAUAGUGAGGGCGAGGAAGGGAAACCAUUAGAUAUUGUUAGAGGGACAUUCAAUACAACAAUUCUAUCAUGCCAUACCACCAUCUUGUAGUCUUGUGUGAUAUUUGUGUAUGUAACCAUGCGAGGUACUAUGAGUGUACCACUCAUGGGUCAGUAG